ACAAUUUUCAUGUCUUGUUUUACUAUAAUAAUGGAACAUAUAUACUCAUAUUCAUUAGACUUUAGAUGUGGCAUUGUUAAUCAUUAGAGUAUGUUCUUGUUAAUGUAGAUUUUGUUUCCAACAAUCGUUAAAGAGGCCAAGCUAAUUAUAUGGAGAAUUUUGAAGAGUCUUGCAUCGAACUUUAUUCAUCAAUAGACGAAGAACUAGUGGGGUUUGAUAAUCAUGCACAAAAUAUAUUUAAGUAUUUGAUAAGUGGAGUAAAGGACCUGGACGUUGUCUCGAUUGUUGGAAUGGCCGGAAUAGGGAAAACAGCUCUGGCUAGAAAGAUAUACAAUAAUCGUAUUAUUAUUGCUCAUUUUGGUGUUCGAGCUUGGUGUUCUGUUUCACAAACAUAUAAUAGGAGAGAGUUGGUGCUUCAGAUUCUAAAACAAAUUACAGGUGAUCAUCAUUCUAACUAUGUUAACUUGGAUUAUCCUGAAGACAUAUUGCGAAAGUGUCUAUACGGAAAAAGAUAUUUUGUUGUAUUAGACAACAUAUGGGAUGGCAAGGCAUGGGAUGAUUUUCAAUCAUGUUUCCCUGAUUCUGAUUGUGGAAGUAGAAUAAUGUUAACAACUAGAGAUAAAGGGAUGGCUAGCUAUGCUAAGAGGUAUUGUGAUCCUUAUUCGCUUUCAUUUCUAAAAGAUGAAAAGAGUUGGGAAUUAUUGCAGAAGAGAGUAUUUCAACGAGGGAACUCGUGUCCUUUGGAGCUAGUCAAGUUAGGACAACUAGUUGCCAAAAAAUGUAAAGGAAUACCUUCUUUGAUUAUCAUGAUUGCUGAAAUUCUUUCAAGAAAAAGAGAAGCUUCUUCGUGGCUUAAGGUUGCAUAUGAUGUAAGUUCUUAUGUUUCCGACAAGGAGAUAAGCAUGAAGACGGUACAAUCAAGUUAUGAUCAUUUACCGGACCAUUUAAAGCCUUGCCUUCUCUACAUGGGAUUGUUUCCUAAAAAUUACGAAAUUCCAGUUUCUGAUCUACUCAAGUGGUGGAUAGCUGAGGAGUUUGUGCAGAACAUUGACACGUUGAAGCUAGAAGAAUUAUCAGAGAAUUGCUUGUGUGAUCUUGUUAGAAGUAACCUUGUAGUGGUUUCUAAAACAAGAUUGAAUGGUAAAAUGAGACGUUGCAUCGUUCUUGAUCAAGUUCGUGAGUUUUGCUUGAGAAAAAUUACAGAAGAAAAGUUCAUGCAGCUCAUAGUGCCGUAUAGUUAUCCAGAUCAACCCGAAGAACAAAGGUUAUGCAUGUACAUACAAGACCGUACUAUGACAAGUGAUUUCAAGGAAAGUGAUCAGGAGUUCAUUGUUCAUCCGAAAUUCAGUAUAUUGGACCAUAAGAAUCCUUUCCGUUUGCUUAAUAACUUAAAACUUGUUCGGGUUUUACAUUUAUUGGAUAUCUACUUGGACAAUUCUUUGCCUACUGCAUUUCAGUCACUAGCUCACUUGAGGUACCUUUCAAUUUUUGUUAAAGCAUUUGAUUUCAAAUGGGUGUCACACCUACUUCAUCUACAAACUUUGCGGGUACGUUCAUCUUAUAUAAUGAUAUCCCCUGCUAUAUGGAAAAUGUCAAAGUUGAGGCAUGUGGACAUAAACGAAUUUCCUGUUACAAUAUGUGAAGAUUAUAUUGUGUUACAUAACUUGAAGACUCUUGGAAUGUGUUCUAUGUCCGUGGCUGACAUGACUCGAAAGUUUUGGGACAAGUUUCCAAAUCUUGAAGAACUCAGGCUCCACAUUAAUGAAUUUGGAGAUCAUAAUUCUGAUUAUUCAAGCUCUGCAUUGAUGAAUUUGGAUAUUAUUUUCCCCUCGCGUCUCAAGUGUUUGUCCCUCAGUGAAAUUUUCCUAACGGAUGAAUUAGUUUCAAGUAUUGCAAAGUUGCGAUGCCUUGAGACUCUUGAAUUAUCCGAGAUAUACUUUACAGGGGAAAAACAUUGGGAUCUCAGUGAUAACACGUUUGUACAACUCAAGUUUUUGCAAUUACAUCGUGUUUUUAUGACCAAGUGGUGUUGCUCAGAUGAUUCAUUUCCUCUCCUUGAAUGUCUAGUUGUAAAUAAUUGUUCCAAGCUUGAAGAGAUCCCGGAUACCUUUGCAGAAAUUAUACCAUUGCGAUUGGUUAAAGUUAUCGAUUGUAGCGAUUCUGUUGGCAAUUCAGCUGUGAAGAUUAGGGGAGUAAUGGACAACUAUGGGAGGCCGAUCCAAGUUCAUAUCUCAAAGAAAGACAAAAUGAUGAUGCAACUUCCUUUCGCAGUGUACUUCAUUCAUUUUCCUGACAUUCUUCAUCUUUUUCAUAUUUUUAACUUCAUCUUUAUAUACCAUCCACCUAGAUGUGAUCUCCAAGCAGCAGAACUAUUCAUCGGACUUGUGAACUUCUGGUCAGAGGAUACAUCAGAUGAAAGGUUCUGGUUUGUGGAUUGA